UUUUCCGUUCUUGCAUAAGUAAUAUUUUUAAGGCACUGUACAAGUCAUCUUUGCAACACCAUCUAUACCGCUCCUUCUUCCUCACUCCACAUUGCGCUUUGGUGGUACUUUUGAAGGAUUGAUAGAUGUUGUGGAGUACAAUUCAUUCAUUCAUACAUACAAUGCCACCUCCAUCAACAAAUUAAAAAGGUAUAAAAUCCCACUCUGCUUCCUCCUCUUUCAAAAAUGGCAGCUGCAGCAACACUUCUUCAAAGAUCAGCAAUCAUGUUAACAAACGAAGCAAACGUAAAGCCAAUGACGGCAAACGAAUUGGAUACUUUGGCAAAAACUUCAGUCUUGGAAACAAUCACUGCAGAAAACCUUGCAAGAGCUUUAAUCUCUCCGCCUUUUAUUCUUUUGGCAUCUUCAGAUGAAGCAAGAACAGAAAACACAUCUGCUCCUGUUGCAUGUUUGAACUUCAGAGAUGCUUGUAGUCCUGAACGUACGCCUGAAUUACGUUCAAAAAAGGUUUAUAGAGCAGGAAAAUCAGCUUUCAACGGAAGAGCAUUGAAAAAGCUUGGGAUCACAAAUGUGUACGAUUUACGAAGUGAAGCAGAACGUGUACGUGAUCCACACGCAAAUGAAGAUAUGAUGGAUGGCGUGAAAGUGAAAUGGUUUGCACCAAGAGAUCAUAUUUCCAUCAUGGAACAAAUGCAAGUAACAGAACGAGUGAACAAACAAUCAAAAGAAGAAAUCAUCGCUCAAGUUGCUAAAAAACGAUUAAACAAAGAAACAGAACAUGAUGAUAUCGACGUUGAGGCUGUUCAAGACGCUGAAGGUAAACUUCAACCUGCCAUUCAAGCUGCUCUCGUGAAAUCAUACCUUGCAAUCUUACACUCGCAUCAAGAUAUCUUUCGUCAAGUUUUACUGGAUCUUGCUUAUUUGCCAAAAAAUUCCCCUGCAGCAAUCCUUCUGCAUUGCACAGCAGGAAAGGAUCGUACAGGCGUAGCCGUUGCUAUGCUGCAAUCUCUGGCAGGUUGUUCGGACGAAGGAAUUGCGGCAGAUUAUGCAUUAACCCGUAUUGGUGUUGAACCGGCAAGAGAACAUUUGAUUAAAGCAAUGCGAGCAAUGGUGCCUGAAUUUGCCACAAAUGAUCCUCGAUUUUUAGCAACAAGUGAAAGUAGAGCAGAAAUCAUGCUUCAAUUCUUACGUUCUGUCAAAGACCAAUACGGUGACUUUGAAGGGUAUGCAAAAAAUACUUUAGGUCUCACUGCUGAAGAAGUAGAAUCGGUAAAAGCUAACGUUCGUGUCUAAUUAGCAAAAUAUUCUUGUAUUCUAGAUAUAUUUCAUGUC